AUGACUUUCCUUCCAAAGUGGUUAACUUUUCUAAAAGGCAAAGAGGUUGUUAUUGCUAACGCAAUAAUUGCAAUAUUGACAAUUGGUGGGCAGCAACUUUUCUCUUUUUUCACGUUCAGCUGUCCCUGUCAUGUUGGACAGAACCUUAUCUAUGGGCUGGCUUUCCUAGGAGUGCCUGCGCUGAUCCUUCUGAUUGUUGGCUAUGCCCUGAACAACCAGACUUGGAGGCUUGUUAUGGGCAAAAGCUCUCAUUUUGAGAGGGAGAUGUCAUCAAACUGGCUGCUGAAAUGCAAACUGCUCUGCUUUGUCCUGUGCAGCAUCACAGGGAGGGCACUGGUUGCUCCAGUCACAUGGCUUGCAGUCACCCUGAUAAAUGGCUCCUAUUAUAUCUGUGCUGUGAGCGAGUACAUCCCUGUGCAUUACUAUGGAGCUGCUCCUAACGUCACCGCUGCUGAGCGCAGCAGGAUCUUGGCUACAUUUCCCUGUGGGCAGCUGGUUCCUCCAGAGCUGGCCCGGGCGAGAGAUGAAGUGAUUCUCCUCCUCCGAUACCAGUCACAAGUGGCUGGCUGGCUUUUGAUUGCUGUGGUGGUCAUCACUGUGUUCCUUUCUUACUGCCUGGCAAGCUGUUUCUCCCCACUCAGCUUUCUACACUUCAGAUACUGGAACAGCUAUGUCCACAAUGAGCAGGAGCUUUUUGAUGAGGCAACAGAGCAGCAUUCCAGGCUCUAUGCCAUGCAGAAUGUAAGGAAGUUCUUUGGCUUUGUCCCAGGAAGUGAGAAUGUAAAGGAAAUUCGUAUCCCAUCUCUCAGGGAGUGGCAGGCCAUUUCUGGACUGGCCUUUCUGAAAAGAGUGGAUAAGGAGCACUAUGAUUACAGCCUCCUCCAUGACUGGGCACUCAAGGAGCGUGCAAGUGGAAAGUAUCUGAGGAUUGAUGAAGAUCCUGGGAUCAUAACACAGCUUUGAAGAUCCAAGACCCCACAAUACUUUGCAGAAAAGCAGGAACCUGUCUAGCUCUAUGUCAGACCUGAGCCGCACUGGAACUUUCCAAUACAGUACAACAUUGAUAUAUAAAUUAUGUGAGCAAGUGAAUCUUGUUAAUGUAGUCCAUCAGCACCUGCUUACAGCUGCCUUUACUGAUGGUGUUUUGACUCCUGUGGGAUGUGGUGAUCUAUGCCUAGAUUAGGGUGGGCUAUUUCAAGCUUCAGCUCUCUGCUUUCUAAUAGUUGUACUGAGAAAGUUAUUUACAAAUGCUUUUAAUUUUUUUUUCCAUUAAAAGGAUUUUUAAGAGGUAGACCUUGAUUGGAUGCUAUGAAUUGGUCCAUUCUGUAUAGAGCAAGGGCAGCUAUCCAGCUUUUCCUUAGUGACACCUAGCAGAAAUUACUUAUUUCUCCUCUUCUGCUAUUUAUUUUUUUGUAUUAUAUAUGUAAUCUACACUGAGCUAACUACUAGUUAAGUCUGGGGCUACUGUAGCAUGCAAGAAACAUAUGGGGAAAUUUUAUCAUCAAAGGCUGAGUUUAGAUACAAUGAUGAGAGAACUUUAAAUUCUGAUAAGGAGAAAAAAUCUCCACUGAGGCACAUGGUGGAGGUGUGUAACACAUAGCAGCUGUAUGAACAAACACUUAACAUAUGGCAAACUGAGCUGAAAUGUAUUCUGGCUGAAAGCAGUAUCAAGGUCAGUCUCCUAUUUGGAAAUACUUCAAAAUCUCCAAGGUGUUUGUGUGCUUGGCUACUGUACAAAUAGCAAAUGAGGAUGGGAAAAAUCUCAGUCUGUACAGCAGGGUUUGCUUUGCCUCUGUAAACUUGUAAUUUAUACAUAUUCUAGGCCCAUGAAAAUGACUGUGA